GCUCGCCCGGCCGGUUCCUCUUUACAUAACGGCGCGGUGCGGCAUGGGCCCGGGCCACCGCCUCCGCUCGGCUGCCCGCCCGGACUGUCGCGGCCCGCGGUGGCGACGGCGGCCGCCGCAAAGAUUCCCCGGCGGCGGCGGCCCGGGGGCGCAUCCUCCCGCAACUGUCAAGCGCUGGCGGCGGAAAUGAUGAGGCGCUGGCCAUUUUCCGAGCCCGGGUUUCCUGCCUGAGCCCCGCUCGAGCGAGCCGCGAGCGAGGAGCCGGCGGGCGGGAGAGGACGCGCCCAGGGCGGGGGCCCGCCCGCCCCCUCGGGAUUUCGGGGGCCCGGGGGCGCGCGACGCCAUGGGCCGGCCGGGCCCAGAGCUCCUGUCUCUCAGCCCGGCCGCACCACCUGGGUCUCCGCCAUGAACGGGCCUGCCCUGCAGCCCUCCUCGGCCUCCUCCGCGCCCUCGGCCUCCCCGGCGGCGGCCCCGCGGGGCUGGAGCGAGUUCUGUGAGUUGCACGCGGUGGCGGCUGCCCGGGAGCUGGCCCGCCAGUACUGGCUGUUCGCCCGAGAGCAUCCGCAGCACGCGCCGCUGCGUGCCGAGCUGGUGUCGCUGCAGUUCACCGACCUGUUCCAGCGCUACUUCUGCCGCGAGGUGCGCGACGGCCGCGCGCCGGGCCGCGACUACCGGGACACAGGCCGUGGGCCCCCCGCCAAGGCCGAGGCGUCCCCGGAGCCAGGCCCGGGCCCCGCCGCCCCUGGCCUGCCCAAGGCCCGCAGCUCUGAGGAGCUGGCCCCGCCGCGGCCGCCCGGGCCCUGCUCCUUCCAGCACUUUCGCCGCAGCCUCCGCCACAUCUUCCGCCGCCGCUCGGCCGGGGAGCUGCCAGCGGCCCACACCGCUGCUGCCCCCGGGACCCCCGGAGAGGCUGCUGAGACCCCCGCCCGGCCUGGCCUGGCCAAGAAGCUCCUGCCCUGGAGCCUGGCCCGGGAGCCGCCACCCGAGGCCCUGAAGGAGGCGGUGCUGCGCUACAGCCUGGCCGACGAGGCCUCCAUGGACAGCGGGGCGCGCUGGCAGCGCGGGAGGCUGGCGCUGUGCCGGGCCCCGGGCCCCCAUGGCCCCGACCGCGUGCUGGAGCUCUUCGACCCACCCAAGAGUUCAAGGCCCAAGCUACAAGCAGCUUGCUCCAGCAUCCAGGAGGUCCGGCGGUGCACACGCCUUGAGAUGCCUGACAACCUUUACACCUUUGUGCUGAAGGUGAAGGACCGGACAGACAUCAUCUUUGAGGUGGGAGACGAGCAGCAGCUGAAAUCAUGGAUGGCUGAGCUCUCGGAGUGCACAGGCCGAGGCAGGCUGGAGAGCACAGAAGCGGAGAUGCAUAUUCCCUCAGCCCUAGAGCCUAGCACAUCCAGCUCCCCAAGGGGCAGCACAGAUUCCCUUAACCAAGGUGCUUCUCCUGGGGGGCUGCUGGACCCGGCCUGCCAGAAGACAGACCAUUUCCUGUCCUGCUACCCCUGGUUCCACGGCCCCAUCUCCAGAGUGAAAGCAGCUCAGCUGGUUCAGCUGCAGGGCCCUGAUGCUCAUGGAGUGUUCCUGGUGCGGCAGAGCGAGACGCGGCGUGGGGAAUAUGUGCUCACUUUCAACUUUCAGGGGAUAGCCAAGCACCUGCGCCUGUCGCUGACAGAGCGGGGCCAGUGCCGUGUGCAGCACCUCCACUUUCCCUCGGUCGUGGACAUGCUCCAUCACUUCCAGCGCUCGCCCAUCCCACUCGAGUGCGGCGCCGCCUGUGACGUCCGGCUCUCCAGCUACGUGGUAGUCGUCUCUCAACCACCAGGUUCCUGCAACACGGUCCUGUUCCCUUUCUCCCUUCCUCACUGGGAUUCAGAAUUGGGCCUUCCCCACCUUAGCUCUUCUGGCUGUCCCCGGGGGCUCAGCCCAGAGGGUCUCCCAGGGCGAUCCUCACCCCCCGAGCAGAUCUUCCACCUGGUGCCUUCGCCCGAAGAACUGGCCAACAGCCUGCGGCACCUGGAGCAUGAGCCUGUGAAUCGAGCCCGGGACUCGGACUACGAAAUGGACUCAUCCUCCCGGAGCCACCUGCGGGCCAUAGACAAUCAGUACACACCUCUCUGACCAGUGAGGAAUUCCAGGCCUCAACAGCUGCCCUUGAGGAGCACAGGCAGAAGUGUGAACUUGUGAAUGUAAUUGAUCUUUCCUUCCUUCCAGAGAGAGAUUUAAGGGACACUGUUAACUGCUUGUGCCAGUUUGGACGUGACCCUUCUAUUAGGCCUGUUGAAGGGCCCUCCUGUAAGUUUCAUCCGUCACCUGGCUUUCUCCUUAUUGUUUACAGAUGUAGUUCUUGUCAGAGGAUGCCGCUAGCUCCUGCCCGGGGUCCCUAUGCCCAGUCCCCGUUACUCUUAGAGAAAGGAGUUGGGGUGAGGGCCAGAGCUGGCAGUGGAAACUUGUUCUCUUUUUCACUGACACUGUCACAGCGGAUGACAGACUUUCUACGGGGUGGGGGGGAGGGGGUAUCAUCAGGAAGCCCAGAACACUAACAAGCGGUUCUCCCAUCUACCGUCAGUCCACGUGGCAGGUCUGCUGUGUCCACACCACAGAUGACCACAUCUAAUCCUGCUUCUACUCUCAGCUUUAGGACAAAAGCUCUGUCAGAGGCACAAGCUGAAGGUCAAAAAUGAUUUAAAACAUUUUACCUCAGACUAAUUUCUUUAAAGGAUUCAGGUUCAAAACUAAACCAUUGCUUAUUUCAGUGCACUCUUUCAACUAACACCCAUGCUAUUUUUGUAGUCAGAAACAGCUAUGCAAACCCUACCUAAUUCACAGUCUGAGCCAGCACGCUGGCUUGUCUACUGCAUCCUCGGGACGGUCACCUGCCACUGAGUGGCCACUGUCCUUCCUAAAUGUCAAGAAGCGAAGUAUGUCACCCUUUCAGGGAAAUUCAGGCAAUUACUGAAAUAGGAGGGUGGCAAGGAACAGUUCUAUCCUGGUGCCUUACGAAUAAACUGGAUUCUGGUUUACAGCAGCUUUACAGCGAUAGUUAAAUUAACUGGGGCUGGGGGAAGAACAAGCAAAAAGGGAAGAAGGACUCCUAGGCCCUUUCUAGUAAAUCCUUCAGCAACAAGGCCGGCUCAGUGCCCUCCAAGCAUCUAAUGGCUUAUUAAAUUAUCCCACAAGUGGGUUUUAGGCUCCUUUUUUGAGCCAAAAUGGAAGCUGGGAAUCUGGUGCCAUAACUAAUGAGAAACUCCUUUAAUAGCCCACAAUCAGUGUUCUGUUCUAGCUGGCUACUGCUUCAUUGGAUUGAGAAUAUAUCUCCAUGCACACAUGGGCACACACAAUCUCCACCACCCAGGGAGGUCCUCAAGUCAAAUCUCUAUCUAUACAAGUGAUACAAUUCAUAAGGGGCUGGCUCCUCCCAGAACCUGUCUGGAGGCUCAGAAACAAGGGGGCAGUGCCAGUGGAGUCAGCUGCUCUUGGGUGCCAGCAGAGCCAUUCAGUACAACCCCCAGGCUCACAGCAGUGGCUUCUAGGAAACUGGGAGUUUAGAUCAGCUUUACAGAUACAUCGAUCAGAGGCUAAAAUGAAACCUUGGCCUAAAACUCAUAGGACUGACUGCCUGGGAGGAGGGUUAGGUCUGCUCCUUCCACUUAUGCUUAGUCUCUGUACUCCAAGAAGUCAAAUUUUUGCUUCUAGAAUUUUCUUGGGGUCUUUCAGAGGGUGGGGGAACAAACCCCUCUGCACCUCUUUUUUUGAGAUGGAGUUUCUCUUGUCAACUGGGCUGGAGUGCAGUGGUGCGAUCUUGGCUCACUGCAACCUCCACCUUCCUGGUUCAAGUGAUUCUGCUUCGACCUCUCAAGUAGCUGGGAUUACAAGCACCAGCCACCAUGCCUGGCUAAUUUUGUAUUUUUAGUAGAGAACAGGGUUUCAACAUGUUGGCCAGGCUGGUAUUGAAUGUCUGACCUCAGGUGAUCCACCCGCCUUGGCCUCCCAAAGUGCUGGGAUUACAGGCCAUGAGCCAUCGCGCCCAGCCUACACCACUCUUAGUACCAACACUCUUGGGUGAUUUCAUGGACCCUAAAGCAGACCUGACACUGAUCCAGAUUUGCAGUCCAUUUUUAAGGACACCUGUCUUUGUUUCCUCAAAGUCAAGCAGCUUUCUCUGGAAAAUGAAUGCUAAUUAGUGUGAACCAAAAGAGUAAGUAGGAGUCUGAAGUUUUUUAAAGGAGAAAGCCUAUUACGGAAAGUCAUUGGUCCUCCCCUCCGCACAGGAAAGAUACCCAGUAGAUAAUGAACCAAAUUAAGUUCCCUCCCUCCAGCCAGAAGUUAAACAUCUGGGAUAUGAUGUCUUCACGCCAGGGGCACUCAUUUCUUAGCAGCCUCUCUACAUACAUCUCUCAGGUGGUGCCAAGAGGCACACCAGGUAGAGCAAACUUAGCAGCUCUGACUAACAGGCUGCAAAGUGCAAGUUCAGAUUCUGUGGCAGAGAUUUGGAAGGCACCCACCUCCUGACUGCUUCCCGUCCAAGUUACCAGGACAGCUCAAAUACAUGCUGACAGAAAACUCUUAUGGCUCUAGGAAGAAGUGACACUAAGCCAACGCCUUUCUUUAUGUGGGAGCAGCCUCAGCUGAUGAAGGGGUGGGCAGCAGUGUGGGGCAGGCACCCCACUGGCUGCAGCUAGCCCACCAUAGGCACAGCACAUCCCACCACUCUCCUUCCAGUCCCGACCAGGCCCCAGCUGGCAACUUCUACCGAGAGCCAUGGCUCAGCACCAAACUGGACAGUAGACUUCAUGAUCCCUCCAGUUAGCUCUAAUUACAGACCCCAACAGUACAGCUUGACAGCUCCCGGCACCAUCACUUCCUUCAUCUGACUUUAUUGAACUUUUACAAACUAACAGUCACCAGCACCAAAGAAUUAAGUCAACUAACCUGCCUUGAAUUUUAGACCAGCAAUCCAUAUGGCUUUAUCUGGUAUAAAUCUUCUGCCUUUGAUCAUUUCUGGACCGUAGGAAAAAGGAAUAGCAAUCAUUAAAAUCUUGGGCCAGAGAACACUAUUUUUACAUAACAGUUUCUUAAACCUAAAGUCAAGGCCUUGGACUCUUCCCUGAGGGUUGCCUGAGAUUCCUUCAUGCUUUCUAUUCAGGACUAAGUCCCUUAUUGCAAAUGUGUUAGCUCUAACAUCUCCCACAAGCUAGAGGAACUUGCGAGUAUAUUAACAAGGACGCAUCUACAUCCUAUGUUUGGUUAGAAUAUACAGCACAUUGUGAUAACAUAAAGUGGAUUCAUCUUGUAUCAUUACAGGCAGAAGGUAUUUGGCAAUUUUUUAUGUAUUGUUUUAUGUACUGUACAAGUAACUUAUUCUUGAAUAAUGCAAAUUUUGCUAUAAUGUACAAAUUGCUAUAUGUGAAUUAAAAUUUUCAGAAUCUUGA